AUGAGAUUCACUCCCAUCCUGGCUCUCGCAUUUACCGCCAUCGUACCAAUCAUCAAUGCCUAUCCCAUCACUGGCAACGUCGUCAACUGCGGCUCCGGUCCAGGCACUUCUUACUCGGUAGUCAAGAGCUACAAUAAGGGAGCCAACGUUGCAAUCACCUGCCAGGCUGCCGGCACCAUUGUCAAUGGCAACGAAAUCUGGGAUAAGAGCUCCGACGGCUGCUAUAUUACGGACUACUAUAUCAGAACAGGGAGCAGCAGCUAUGUCACCAAGAAAUGCGGCAGCAGCAGCGGGGACGACAGCAGCGGAAAUCUUCCCGGUCUCACAUCCACUCAGACCAAGCAUGCAAAGGCCAUCAUCGGAGAAGCAAAGAAAGAAAGCCUAGGUCGUCAGGGCGGUCUUGUUGAGCCUAAUAUGCUUAUUUAUGCCAACAAGAAAGUUUCUGCUUCCCUCAAGUAUCCGCAUGAUGCUGUGGGCUCGGACUACGACAGCGUGGGAAUCUUCCAGCAACGCGCUAUCUACUAUCCUGACAUCGCUGCCGAUAUGGAUGCUGUGAAGUGGGCGGCUCAGUUUUUUAAGGGCAUGAAGAAUGGCUCGGCGUAUCCGGGUCGGUAUGCGGAACGUCUCGACGACGCGAAGAAGAUUUGUGUUGCUGGUGGGCUGUAA